AUGUCCUCACCACCACGAACGCCAACACACCUGCCCUCCUCAAACCACCGCCGUCACCCGUCAAGCGUCGACCUUUCCCCCAGCCUUCACUCACACAACUACAAUUCCUACUUCAACACACCCUCGCGCUCCCCCAUAAGCCGCAGAUCGUCGGCGGUCAACUAUCAGUACUCACCCGUAACACCACGCUCUAUAUACGAUGCCAGGCCUGGUUCCAGGGGCAAUGGCCUCUCAGAGCUGGAUGGCGUGGCCGGCGGAGAUGGCGGGCUGGGCAAUCUGGCGGACGAGUUGGCCGAUAUGUGGGAGGAUGAAGAGGGGGGCCAUGAUCAUGGCGACGGCGAGGUGGCGGAGCUGGGGGAUGGGGGGCACAGCAACGGGGAGGUGAGGAUCAACGGGCAUCAUGCUGCAGUACACGGCGGUGUAAGAGACAGCAGUGUUGCGGCGUCGUCGCCCCCCAUGCUCCGGAGUCCACUGCAGGCGUCACGACAUCGACCGAAGCACCAGCGGAAACCCUCGCAGUUUGACGGCUCGGAGUAUGGUGGGGAACAGGAGCUCGACGCCUCAGGAGGGAUAAUUUCAGGACUCGAGGCAGAGAUCGCGGCGCUGGAGAGCAUAGCGCGUCGGGGCACCGAGCAAAGCACGAGCGAGACGGAUCAGGGAGUGCAACGCUUCACCGAGUCACUACGAGAUCUGGGAAGUCAGGCCGCCAUAGAAGCCGGCACGACACGUCUCGCAAAUGCUUACACAGCCCAAACGACGCACCUCACAACCGAAACCCGCACCCUGGCAUCCCUCACCUCAACCCUCCUCUCCCCGCUCUCGCCAGCUCCACCCCCCGAAAUCAUCGACACCCUCCUCGCCCUAAUCCCCGAGACCAUCUCCGCCCUCCCGACGCCCUCAUCCACCCCCUUAUACGCCCUCCACAAUCUUACACGCACGACACAAGACCUGGUCCAGACGCUAUCCUACCUAUCCGACUCGCUGCACAUGAGCCGGCAGACGACGCAGGUAGCUGCGCGGAGGCUGCGGGCUGUCAAGUACGCGGUUGCGGAACUGGCACGGGAAAGAGAGUUGGCGGAGGAGGGGCGGCGAUGGAUAGAGCAGGGGGGUUGGGAAGAGAGGUUGGCAAGGAGAGAGAGUAAGGGGGUGUGCGCAGACGUGGUGGGAGGGUUUGAGAAGGUGUGUGAGGGGUGGAGGGAGAGAUUGCUGGCUGGUGCUGAGGCCGUGGGAUGA